AGUUUUCAACAACAAUAGCAUCAUUUUCUAGUGCAUAAGCUAAACUAGAGAAAAAAACAGAGGCUCCUCUGUUUUACUCUGUUUUGCUCUGUUUUUAACCUAUUUCGCCUUUUCUAAUACUUAUAUUUGUUCAUCUGGAGCAAAUUAUUAAUUAUGUUAGUAUCAAAUUUUUCGAAGCUCAGGGAGAUGGCUGCUACUAAUGCUUUUAUUCUUGACGAAUCUUCUUUCGAGUGAGAACCCGAAAUCCUAUACCUUCUUCACCAUCUUUACGAAUUCAUCAAAUCUUCCAUUUCCUUAAAGAAAAUGGAUUCGUUCCAUAUCAGCAACAUCAAACUCGAGAAGGCAAACGCGAUCAAGAAGCAUCGCCAGAUUCAAAAGAUUGCGACCUUUUUCAGGUUCAUUGAAAUAUGCCUUGUUCUUGCUUUGGUUUCUAGGUUUUCUGUUAAACUACCGGUUGCUGUCAAGAACUCGGGCGAAUACUUCAAGGACUUAACGGUUUUUCUCGUAAGCCCUCGCUUUAUUUUCAUCCUCGGAAACGCGAUAGUCGUCAUUCUUUUUGUGAAAUCAGGUCAUUUUUCCGGUCAAGAUUCCAAUGGAGAGAAUUCAAGAACCGAUUUCUACGAAGAAUUUGUUCAGAAUAGCGAAAAGAGUCAGGUGAUGCACCGAUACGAAGAUGAAAACAGAGGAAAAAAACAGAGGACUUAUGUGCAGCAAAUAGUUCCUGAAAAAACUUGCGCAUCUUUGGAAAUCAAGAAUUAUCAAAGAAGUCAAUCCGAAAAACUCGAACAAGCUAGUCGGAACAAAUCAUGCAGAGAAUUGAGGCGCAUAGCGUCGGAGAAUUGCAGGGAAAUUGUUGAUAGUAGUGAAGUAUGGAUGAAAAUUCCGUAUCCCGAAGAUAACAUGAGCAAUGAAGAAUUUCGGAGCGCCGUCGAGGAUUUCAUUGCAAGACAGAAGAGGAUUAGAAGAGAUGAAGAAAAUUCUGUGUAGAUAAAUUCAAUCUCUUGUAUUUUUUUUGUUAAACUCAACUUUUGUAGUAUUGGUGUGUUCUGUACAUUGCCAUAUAGUUAAUGCAAUGUUGUAGAUUAUUCUAUUUUUCUUCUUA